AGCAGCCGGGAGAGGAGGGACCCCAGCUCCCAGGACACCCCUCACGGACCUACCUACACUCCCAAGUACACACACACACCCACGAACUGUACUUACACCCAGCAACACAUGAACUAAGACACAAGCCGCUAUGAGAACGGUGGCGCCAGCAGCGGUGUGGGCGUGUGUGUGGGCGGUGGUGUGGGCGGAUUACCCAGCGCCCUCACCCGGCCUACAUACACACAGGUCCUACAAGCCAGCCGUGGAGUAUGCUGGACCUAUCGUAUACUCGGAUGAGAAGCCUCCCAUCAUACACUUCCCUCGUCCUCCUAGACCUUCGGUUGGUGGGUACGGAAACAAGGCGGUCAAGUCUCAGCCGGUCAAAUACGUGCCACUGCCGCACCACGAGCUGCCUGUCCUCAUCUACCAGUCUGACAGCUCUCCGCCCGUCCACGUCGUCCACACGCCCGCGCCGCCCAUUCACGCCCAUCUCAAGGCCGCCCCCAAGCCCAUCUACGGUCCGCCGCCCAAAGCUCCACGUCCUAGUUACGGUCCACCACCCAAGGUUCCCAAGAACACUUAUGGACCACCACCUAAAGCCCCUAAACCCUCCUAUGGUCCACCACCCAAGGCUCCUGGUCCAAGCUAUGGUCCACCACCCAAGGCUCCUGGUCCAAGCUAUGGUCCACCACCCAAGGCUCCUGGUCCAAGUUAUGGUCCACCACCCAAAGCUCCUGGUCCAAGUUAUGGUCCACCCAAGGCUCCCAGUCCAAGCUAUGGUCCACCACCUAAGGCUCCCAGUCCAAGCUAUGGUCCACCCAAGGCUCCCGGUCCAAGUUAUGGUCCACCCAAGGCUCCCAGUCCAAGCUAUGGUCCACCAAAGGCUUCCAGUCCAAGCUAUGGACCACCCAAGGCUCCCAGUCCAAGCUAUGGUCCACCAAAGGCUCCCAGUCCAAGCUAUGGUCCACCAAAGGCUUCCAGUCCAAGCUAUGGUCCACCGAAGGCUCCUGGUCCAAGCUAUGGACCACCCAAGGCUCCUGGUCCAAGCUAUGGUCCACCGAAGGCUCCUGGUCCAAGCUAUGGUCCACCGAAGGCUCCUGGUCCAAGCUAUGGCCCAUCCAAGGCUUCUAGUGCAAGCUAUAGUCCUCCCAAGGCCCCCAUUCCAAGCUAUGGUCCACCUAAAGCCACUAGCAUAAGCUAUGAAUCACCCAAGGAUUCUAGUCAAAGCUAUGGUCCUCCCAAGGCUCCUAUUCCAAGCUACGGUCCUCCUAAGUCCAUAGUUCCGACCUAUGAUCCUCCUAAGGUUAGCCCAAGUUACGGUCCACCUAAAGCUACCCCACCAAAUUAUGGUCCGCCAAAGGCCUCAAGUGCUCAGUACAGCGCCCCUUCUGACACCGGUCCUGUAUACAUCAAUGCUCCCCCUGCACCUAGCCCCGUCCUAGUUCCAGCCCCACAGCCUCAGUACGCCCUCUCUAAUGCCCCCAAACCUUCUUAUGGCCCUCCGCCCAAGGCAGCUAAGGGCACCAGUAAGGAAAGUUAUGGCCCGCCUCCCAAGGUCUCUGCUCCUAACUAUGGCCAUCCCCUUACUAAAACACCCCCAUACGUUCCUCCACCACCGACCUACGGACCCCCACUGGCCGCCCCUACUAAGGGCACCCCCGCCCCACACAUCAUCUAUGCUGGCCACCCACCCAUCCACGUGUACCAGCAGCCGCCAGUCUUCCAGCUGACAAAGGCACCACACAAGCCCAGCUACGGGCCGCCACCAAAGGUCUCUCUCCCAACGUAUGGCCCACCCAAGGCUCCUCUCAAGGCGCCAGCACCAAGCUAUGGACUUUCUCCAAACACUCCUCCGGCAUCCUACGGACCUCCUCCUAAGGCUCCCACACCAUCAUAUGGUCCUCCUUCCAAAUAUCCUGCACCAUCCUAUGGACCUCCAAAGGCUCCUGAACCAUCCUAUGGACUUUCAAAGGCUUCUGCGCCAUCCUAUGGACCUCCCAAAAGUAUUUUACAAUCCUAUGGAUCAUCAAAUGCUCCAAUUCCUUCAUAUGGACCACCUCCAAAGGCUCCUGGACCAUCUUAUGGGCCUCCAAAGGCUACUCCACCAGCAUAUGGACCUCCUCCCAAGGCUUCUGCACCAUCCUAUGGACCUCCUCCUAAGGCUCCUACCCCUUCAUAUGGCCCACCAAAGGCAUCUAGGCCAAGUUAUGGCCCUCCUAAGGCAUCAAGACCCAACUAUGGUCCCCCUCCUAAGGCGAAGCCACUGUAUGGACCCCCACUGAAGGCUCCUGGACCAUCCUAUGGGCCACCCCUCAAGGCUCCUGCUGAGCCCACCUACCUGCCAGCGCCCAAAGCCUUUCACAAGCCGCCCAUCAUCAUCUACCAGGGAGUGAGGCCGCCUGUACACGUCUACCAGCAGCCCAGCACAGGCGGAGUACCCAAGAGCGCACCAGCAGCACCUUCAGGAAGCUACGGCGCGCCUCCCAGCCCUCAGCCCUCAUACAGCGCGCCUCUCAGCCCUCUGGCGGCCUAUGGCGCUCCGAAGGGAGAAGACAUCAUAAAGACAGACAGUGACUCGUACUCUGCUGGAAGUUCUCAAGUCGCCAGCAUCGCCAGUGUCGCUCCCGCUCACUCUUCACUUUCUGAAGGCACUCCCGCCCACUUGACAACCUCGUUACAGUCUGCCCCCGCCCACUUGACAACCUCGUUACAGUCUGCCCCCGCCCACUUGACAAUUUCGUCACAGUCUGCCCCCGCCCAUUUGACAACCUCGUCACAGACCUCGAGCUACACUGCACAGAAAAAGAAGGACUCAGAUGUCACCGACAAAGAGGAGGAGGAGAAAGGGAGCGACUGGGAGCCCACUAUCGGCUACCCGGCCUUCUCGGACCCGUCUCUCUCCGUCGACCCCCGUAAUCCCAAGACCGCUGAAGACCGCGUCGAGACCAAUGUGGACGUGAGCGAGGCCAAGGUCUCGGCGUCGGUCUCGGUCAGCUCGUCUUCGUGAUAUGUGAGCUAAUUAACACCUCAACACCUUCAGCGUCCUGUUCAAUGACCACCCGGGAGCCAGCCCUUGUGUGCUGGUGCGUCAGGGCUGCUACCUGGCACACGCCGGGUAGCCCCCGAGGUGCUGUUCUGCGCGUCGUUAUAAGACGUGGAAAGAGUGUCACUCCCCGAGCAGCGCUGGACGGUGCAGCAGCCAACACGUUUGUGCUCAGUACGGGCAUCUCUCUCAGCCAAGGCCGAGUGUAGUAAUGUAAGGUGGAUAGCGGGCCGUCGUUUCCGGUCCCUCUCCUGACUCUCGAUAGUGAAUACUGUGGCCACUUCGGUCGUACAAACAUCACCCGUCUGGUGUCGUUAUUUAUUGUUAUUAUGGCGGCGGACGCGCCACGGCUGCCGGCCCAUCCCUCACCACCACCACACUAUUUAUUGUUUCCAACCACACCACCACCUUGUCCACUCACCCUGCUGCUGUGUCCCAUGACCCGUCACCCUGCCCUCAUGACCCGUCACCCUGCCCUCAAGACCCGUCACCCUGCCCUCAUGACCCGUCACCCUGCCCUCAUGACCUGUCACCCUGCCCUCAUGACCUGUCACCCUGCCCUCAUGGCCUGUCACCCUGCCCUCAUGACUUGUCACCCUGCCCUCAUGACCCGUCACCCUGUCCCAAUGACCCAUCACACGUUAUGGGUUACCUGAGUACUUCUGUAUACUGGGGCUACCUGAUGGGUACCGGAGGGCUACCUGUACACUGGGGCUACCUGUACACUGGGGCUACUUGAGGGCUACCUGUACGCUGGGGCUACUUGAGGGCUACCUGUACACUGGGGCUACUUGAGGGCUACCUGUACACUGGGGCUACUUGAGGGCUACCUGUACACUGGGGCUACUUGAGGGCUACCUGUACACUGGGGCUACUUGAGGGCUACCUGUACACUGGGGCUACUUGAGGGCUACCUGUACACUGGGGCUACUUGAGGGCUACCUGUACACUGGGGCUACCUGUACAUUGGGGCUACUUGAGGGCUACCUGUACACUGGGGCUACUUGAGGGCUACCUGUACACUGGGGCUAUCUGAGGGUGAUGGAUGAUCUGGUGAGUGUUACGACCAUACUCCUCACAUCACUCCCUACAGCCGUGGCGCAGACCUCGUCUCUCCCGUUUGCCUGUCAUUCCCUGGCAGUGUAAACUCAUCUCUGUAUACCUCGAUGGCUACAGUAUACUCACCUCCGUAUACUUCGUAGUCUACUCAUUUGCCACAAAGGUUCUUUGUUUGUAAUAUUAUUUGUAUUAGUUUCGUUAUAUUUAUAAUGUUAAUUAUUAAUAAAAAUUAAAUGUGAA